CGAUAUUCUAAAUGUUGUUCGAUCGUUUUUUCGAUCGAUAAAUUUUCUAUAUUGUGUUCUUUGCAAAAGCUUCAGUUUCCUUAAGUUGUCCAAUCGAGCCAGGUAGCAGUUCUUUCAGGACCCUAAUUCACGGUGGCGGUUGGUUGGAGAUUGUUUACAUUCGUCUCUUCCAGUGUCCACUCACUUCUGCCCGAGUACAAAACAAAACGUUCUCAGACCAGGAACUUUAGGCUGUCCACACGUGUAAGUUUUUUGAUAGAUAAAGUUCUCGCUUCACAGAUUUAAUCAUAUAUAUGAACAAAAGUUGUAUUUUUUUUUACAUAAGUAGUUCUUGCAUUUUUCCGAUGACGGGAUUAGGGUCAAUGUGGGAACAAUAAUGUUUUAACAGAGAUCCGAAAUAGGUCUCUUGUAUCGCUUUUAUUUGAGGUCUUAUUUUUAACUGGAGUGUGUGUUAUAUUAGACUAUAACUCUUUCCCAUUCCUUCUCCCUCUCUUCCACUCUCUCUCUAUCCCUCUCUGUCUCACUCUCUUUCUCUCUCUCUGUCUCUCCCUCUCACACUCUCUUUCUCUUUUCUAUCUCUGGUUCACCCUCUCUCUCUGUCUCUCUCACUCUCUCUUUCUCUUUCUCUCUCUCUCUCUCAUCCUCUCUUUCUCUUUAUUUCUCUCUCUCUCACCCUCUUUUUCUUUUUUUAUCUCUCUCUUUGUCUCUCUCUCUCUCAAGUUCUAUUUCUCUUUCUCUCUCUUUCUCUAUCUUUCUCUCUCUCUCUCUCUCUCUCUGCAGCUCUCUCACUCUCUCUGUCUCCCUCUCACUUUCUCUCUCUCUUAGUCUCUCUCUCUCUCUGCCUCUCUCUCUCUCUCUGCCUCUCUCUCUCUCUUACUCUCGAUUAAUCUUCUCUCUUUUUCUAUUUCUUUCUCUCUCGCACUCUGACCUUCUCUCGUUUCGCUCUCUCUUUCUCUUUCUUUCACUCUCUCUCUCUCUCUCUCUCUCUCUCUCUCUCUCUCUCUCUCUCUCCCCACAGUUUGAUUGUCUUCUCUAUAUGUAUUAAUAUGCUUUAACUCUGAUGUCUUCUCUCUCUCUCUCUCUCUCUUUCUCUCGCUUACUCUUCUCUCUCUUUCUCUCUCUUUCUCUCUCGCUCUCUCUCCGUCUCUCGUUUCUCUCUCUCUCUCUCUCUCUCUCUCUCUCUCUCUCUCUCUCUCUCUCUCUCUCUCUCUCUCUCUCUCUCUCCCAACAGUAUGAUAGUCUUUUCAAUAUGAAUUAAUAUGCCUUAAGACUGAUGGCGCCAAAGUGUGACAUGUCUCCUCCAUCUGGUUUGAUAUGAGAUAUGGAUAUCUGCAUCCAGUGCAGCUGGAGUCUAAACCCUGGAGUUGAUACUAGGAAUUAUUUACCACCUCUGAAGCUCUUCUUAAUUGCAGUUUCUUUAGGGGGGACAAAGCGGACGGAACGAAUGAAUCAAAUAAUUUGGUCUUUGGGGAAGUGGGUGUGUGUUUUGUAGUUGUUGUUUUGUUUUUUUUUUUGGGGGGGGGGUUGAAAAAAUACGCUAUAUUUUGUGUUUAAAUAUCAUUCUAUUUAAUUUAUUAAACUCAGACAAGUGUUUUGUAGCCUCCCUCCCAGUAUCUAGCCUCUACACCUGUCUAGGCGGAACAGUCUUGCCACAUGUCUAUAUCUUUGUUAAGUCUUCGGUGCAUGAACUAGCAGAAAUUAUACUAUCAAGUGGGUGGGGUGGGGGGGGAGAAGGAAUCCAUAACAUAUGUAUUACCCUUUUAAGUCCCCAAGACUGUAUGCCCCCCACCCCUCAUUCAAUGCCAGAUCUCCCACCUCAACCCCCCACCACCACACACACACACUUUUUUAUUCUCACCCCGCACCAAAAGCUUGCUGAUAGUAUCAGGACUAAGAAAUGUUAUCAGUCUUGGUGAGAUCGAACGAAGCAAGCGGAUAUGCCCAGUGAAAGCUGGUCCACGCUUGGAACCUUAGGCUGGUUAUGAAUAUUUGAUGACGUCGUGCGGCUCGUUUAUCAGAUGGUGUCGAGCCUGUGUGUCCCUUGGGUAGCUUUAUAACGAUCUUUUUGAACUGGCGAGAUAUAACUUAGAAUUUAUUUUAAAAAAAAAAAAUGAAAUACAUUCUGAUCAGCGGCGUGGCCAAUAAGGGAACAUGGUAUAAGUCCUCAACCCCGGUGUGUGGUUGGGGUAUGGGACGCCCCGGGGAUGGCAUUGAUUUUUGCCCCCCCCCCCCCACUCAUGAAUUCAACAAAAUAUACAAAAUGCACACUACAUGUAAGGCAUAUAUUAGUAUAUGCAGUUAUGCAGUGGACCAAUAUUGCGUCUUAGAAAAAGUGCCACCCCCUGGGCGGAUCGCUCCAUCGACGCCCCUCUUCCUAUGCCACUAUCUCCACCCUAGAGCCCUAGAGAAAAUGUCACAACGUCUAGACAAUAAGAAUACAUGGUAUUUGAAGGAUAAAAAAAAUUGUUAAAAGCUUUCACGCCCCAAUGUGGAUAAUUCCCUUAAGUGAAAAAAAACCACCAAACACCUUUCUAAUCCUUUCACAAUUCUUUUGCUACCCUCUCGGACACUGCCUCUCAGCUAAGUGCUGUAUUUAUAUAUAGAUAGAUAUAUUUAAAAUUUUAUUCUGUUUUUAUGUUGCUUGUUCGCUGACGAAGGCUUCCAGCCGACACGUUCGUUGUUGUGUUGCGUUCCUUCUGUCAGGUUUAAACUUACUUUGUUUCACUCAUUUCCUAAUCCUGUAAGUAAUUUCUGUAAGUGCAAUAUAUUACUAUCUAUAUAAGUAGUAUAUGGUACAAUCUAUAUAAGUAGUUGCUUAUAAAUAACUGGUUGUCGGUAUUUAUUUAUAAACGUAUACGUCAUUUAUUUACACGUGCUAUACGAGAGUAGAGCGCCAAAACUUUAAUGUCGUAUGGCCCCGCCGAAUAAUGUCUCAAGUAAACUCGUAGAACGUCGCUGCUUGUAGCCAUGGUGUACACGACUUGCACAUUGCAUCCAUGCUCUACCUACACAUGUUCCUUGUGAUUCAAAAGGUUCACUCGUUUCAAUAUUUUAUCUCUGAAAAAAGCUAUUGUAAUCCACCAACACGUCUUUAUCAUGGACUGCUUGUAGAAUAAGGGCGUCAUUUAAAAUUCACAUUUUAGCCAGUUCACUUCACGUUACAACGAGAAGCAAGAAUUUCAGCAGACAGAAAGGAACACACACAAAAAAAAGAAAAAAGUAAGCUUUGUUUUCACUGCACCAGGACACAGCAACAAGACAACAAAAGAAAACAGAAGUAGUGGCAAAAACUAACAGUGGUGCAUGGCCUCUGUCUGGUCGGGGCAGAGCACUCUUAGAAGAAAUAAACCCAACAUGGGAGAGCACUCUUAGAAAUAAAACCCAACAUGGGUUAUCGACAAGUCAAGAUUUUUAUGUAUAUCAAUGUUAUAUUAAGCUAACACACCGCUGGUCUGUCAAGCUAUAUUCAUGUACUUUUCUCGGCCGUGGAGGUCACGGGGUGCCAGAAAGGGCAAUAAAUUAAGGGAUUUUCUUUAGUCCAGUAGAUCCAGCCCUUUAAACAGUUGGUGCAUGCCUGGCCAUGAAACCUUACCGUAUAUCAUGCCAGUUUGGCCUUUCGUUCUGGAAGGAAUUAUCUUGUCCAACUACUUUACCGUUUGGUUUGAUGUAUUACAAUGACGUGAUCCUUGGGGAAAUCUUCAUGGCGUUUUUUAAAGGCCCAUUCCAAAGAAAGGUUUCUUGGACCAAACGAAACCAUGUUGCGAUGUUGUAGAGUAAGUAUGGAGAAUUUGGCAAUUUUUAGUUGUUUAUUUUUGUUGUUGUUGUUGUUGUUUGUUUUUAAAGUUAUUUAAAAGAGUUUACGUCAUAAUAAGCCGGUUAAAAAACAAUCUCACAGUGAACUCAUCAAAUGUGAACUCAUAGAUAGACAGUUGUCAUAGAUAGACGGGUGUCAUAGAUAGACGGGUGUCAUAGAUAGACAAUUGUUAUAAAUAUACAGGUGUCAUAGAUAGACAGUUUUCAUAGAUAGAUAGGUGUCAUAGAUAGACAGUUGCCAUAGAUAGACAGUUGUCAUAGAUAGACAAAUGUCAUAGAUAGACGGGGGUCAUUGAUAGACAAUUGUUAUAAAUAUACAUGUGUCAUAGAUAGACAGUUUCAUAGAUAGACAGGUGUCAUAGAUAGACAGGUGUCAUAAAUAGACAGUAGUCAUAGAUAGACAGUUGUCAUAGAUAGACGGGUGUCAUAGAUAGAAAGUUGUCAUAGAUAGACAGGUGUCAUAGAUAGACACAAUACAUUUUGUGAAUAAAUGAUGUCUCAAAAACAUAAAGGUCUUAUUUAACUUAUUUAACAAAAUCGUUGUGCAUUUUUGGAGAGGGAAAAAAACUAUCAACGAUCGCAUUGAAAUCAAGACUAUCAUAUAGAACAGUGCAUCAUAUAGAACAGUGCAUCAUAUAGAACAGUGCAUCAUAUAGAACAGUGCAUCAUAUAGAACAGUGCAUCAUAUAGAACAGUGCAUCAUAUAGAACAGUGCAUCAUAUAGAACAGUGCAUCAUAUAGAACAGUGCAUCAUAUAGAACAGUGCAUCAUAUAGAACAGUGCAUCAUAUAGAACAGUGCAUCAUAUAGAACAGUGCAUCAUAUAGAACAGUGCAUCAUAUAGAACAGUGCAUCAUAUAGAACAGUGCAGAAUUGUCUGCAUCAUUCGUUUGAUAAACAAUAGAAGUAGUUUUCCUGGGCGUUAAAUUCACAUAUAUGUUUGUGUCAUUGUAUGCGUGUUUGAAGGAGUAAGAUAGUUACUCAAAUCAUCUGCUGAAAGCCAUGAUUUUUUAAAAACAAUUUGGUAGAAAGCUUCAAGUAAAGUUAGUGUUUCUGUACGUACAUUAUAGUACUAUCUAUAUAAGUAGUAUAUGGUACAAUCUAUAAAAGUAGCAUAUAGACUCAUAUAGUACUAUCUAAAUAAGUAGUAUUUGGUACUAUAUAUAUAAGUAGUAUAUGGUACUAUCUAUAUAAGUAUUAUGUGGUACUAUCUAUAUAAUUACUACUUUGUACUAUCUAUAUAAGUAACAUAUAGUACUAUUUUUAUAAGUGCUAUUUUUAUAAGUGCUAUAAGACACUAUUUAUAUAAGUAUUAUAUGGUACUAUCUCUAUAAAAAGUAGACUUAAGAAUGUCAGUAAAUAGUCUGUUCUUGAUGUUUGGCCAGUCUUCUCCCCCCCCCACCAGCCCCUUCCCAUCCAUAAUGAUUCCAUUGCGGGUGACCAUUGAAAUAUUGAUUGGAUCCCAAUGGACCACACCCACAUCGACCGUUGUGCCUGCUCAAUGGCACGUGUAAAUGUACGAUCGCUCAGUUGAGAUGAUCCAAUUCCUUGGUGUUGUUUGACCACAAAAGGACAACUCACAUGGAAUGAGGUGAAACAUUACAACACGGGUGUCAUAUGUGGAUGUGUUGUGGGACACACGUGGGUAUGUGCAUAGACACACGUGUGGGUGUGUAUAGGACAGUGUUCGGCCAACCGCGGCUCGCGAGCCGCAUGCGGCUCUUUAGCGGCCUGAGUCCUGCUCGGCCAGUCGGCCACAAAUCGGUUUUGACUCCAGAAAAACAUGCUUUUUUGACAGGUUCUUGAAAAGAAAUGUUGCUGUCAACAUUUUUUUAAUCGUCCUGCUGCUGAUUUUGGCUCUUGUGACUAAUGCGUUUGCCGACGACUGGUAUAGGACACAAGCUUGGAUUUGCAUUAUAGACACACGUGUGUGUGUGUGUGGGAUACACGUGUCGAUGUGCACAGGACACACUUGUGGAUGUGUAAAAGACACGCAAACGGAUGUGUAUAGGAUAUAAGUGUGGAUGUGGCUGGGGGAUGGGUGGGGGAUGGGUGGGGUAUGGCUGGGGGAUGGGUGGGGUAUGGCUGGGGGAUGGGUGGGGGAUGGGUGGGGGAUGGCUGGGGGAUGGGUGAUCCCACCAAAAAGGUUAUCAUUUCCUAAUUUAUUUCAAAUCCAUCUGUUAUAUGCAACAUUUAGACGUGAAUACAAGUGACUUUAUAGGCUCGUACCUUCUACUCUACUGAAUCGAACUCAGAGAUGCACAACAUCCUUGUUUAAAUCUGAUCUAUGGCUCUGUAAUGCACAGCUCUGUAACAGUGUUAGUUCACAGAUUUAAGAAACAGCUUAAUACAGACUGGUGAUCUAAACCAGGAUUUCGUUCUACACGUACCUCCCUCACCAGGACCCCAUGUCAUACCUCCCUCAACGGGACCACAUGCACCCUCCUCACCAAGAUCGCAUGCCAUGCCUCCCUCACCAGGAUCGCAUGUCAUUCUUCCCCUACAAGAGUAACAUGUCAUACCUCCCUCACCAGGAUCACAUGUCAUGCCUCCCUCAAGAGGGUAACAUGUCAGACCUCCCUCACCAGAGUCACAUUGCAUACCUCCCUUAUCAGGCUCCCAUGUCAGUAUAUAAAAAGUCUUCAUAUAAAAUCCAAAACAGUUAUUGAUUAAUCACUUUAUACACAAGGGUUGCCGGAAAAAAUUAGGAUACACGUCAAUAACACUUUUAGAACCACUGGGCAACUGCAUUGAUCUGUAUCGAGUCAGUUUGAAGAAGACUGUUGGGAGUUGAACUGUCGGUUACAAGUGAUAUGCCUCUUGGCUGUCUCCUUUCAACGACAAGGUUUGCGAUUCUUCAACGUUAUUUACCACUCGGAGCAUAAAGACAAGUGCCUUCCACUGGAGACAUAGUACUUGGAGCUGAAUGGUAAUGACAUAACAGCUCCUUUCGGUUGCACGUAUGCUUAAGUUUACAACGGCGCAUCAGCUUUUUAUACGUCUUGUCACUCCCGUUCCUGUUCAUUAAAAAGUUGCCUGCUAGGUCUGCUCUAGGGUUUCCAUUCAUCAUUAAUUGAAUAGAGGACCAGCUGGAAAUGGAACUGGAAGUCCAUAAUGUGGUAACUAGGUGUAUGUUCCAAUGUGUGUUUUUUCCAAUGUGUCUGUUUCAAUGUGUGUCUGUUUCAACGUGUGUCUGUUCUAGUAUGUCUGUUUCAAUAUGUUUCUUUUCCAAUAUGUUUCUUCUCCAAUAUGUGACUGUUCUAAUGUGUGUUUUUAUUCCAAUAUGUGUCUGUUCCAAUAUGUGUCUUAUCCGUUAUGUGCCGUUCCAAUAUGUCUGUUCCGAUAUGUGUCUGUUCCAAUAUGUCUACCAUUCGACCAAUUAUCAACAAAACAAUUGCGCUUUUAUUUUUCAGAUGUGUUCCCUGUUAAGAAUGUGAGCUGUUCUUCGUGCUCUGCAAUGCUGCCCACAAGUGAUCCACAUCAAUGUUGUCGCAGCUAGUCUAUUGGAUCCUUUAAACACACCUGAUUAUAAUCAUCCAAUCGUUUAGAAGCUCAUUGUACGUGCGCGCGGCAAGCAUGCUGCAAACAUGGGAUUAAUUGUGAAUGAUUCAUUGCAGUGAACCAUCUAUAACCAGGCAAAACAAUUCUUCAAUACCCGGUACUGUCUAUAACAUAUUGCACGAUUUACAGCUUGACUAAGUCUGUCGAAAAUCUCAUAUCUCUCACGUCUUCAACUGUCGAGCUAAGCAUCGUUGAUUCCAACACGACCAAUGUUAUCAUACCAAGGAGAUAAACGCUAGAGCUCUUCUGCAAUACAAUUUGGGAGAAGGGGAAAAACCAGCUGAUUUUCCCCCCUCCAAAAUGUCCCAGGCGCUUUCAUUACGUAACAUCCGUAUGCGGAUUGAGACGGAAGAUCCUUUGUACUAUGGACAGAAGAAACUCAAAAUGCAAGGCCGGGACCUCGUCAACUUGCCGAAAGCAGUUUUCAAAAUAAUGGAGCUGGAGGUAAAUCGUGGUGUGGGGUGGGGGGGGGGGAGUAUGACAUAAAUGGUCCCUAUUGGGCUGGGUGAGCUUUUGUUUCGUAUAAGGUAUGUUCCGGGAGUAGAGGGAUCCGGGGGGUGCGUCUUGGGGAGGGGGGGGCGGGCUCUAGGCUCAGCAACUGAUUGUUAUGACCUCCCAGGGCUGGGGGUGGGGGGGGGGGUAAUGAUAAAGAGCGGAAUACAAACGUUUUCUGAGAGCAGCAGACGCGAUCAGACGAUCAGACGGACCCCAUUGGUGAAAGAAUAACAGAUGUGAUAAAUUAUGAGCGAAUUUGUCCUGAUAGGGAAAUAUUAACCGGACGUAUACAUCUGUGAGUGCAUUCUGAUCAGUAGGCCUAACGUAAGAUUUGGGCAGACACUUUCAACCAGGACAGCGGGGUUUGAAUGGGGGAAAAUGUAUAAAAUAUCCACAAAUAAGGAAAUACUUUUUUUUAUUUAAAAAAAAAAAAGAGAGAUAGUUUUGUUUGACGCCACUCUUCACUGUCUUUCAUCCUUCUCUCACCUCUUUACUUUCUCUCACCCUCUACUUUUUACUCCUCAUCUCUACUUUUUCUGACCUCUCUACUUUCUGCCCCUCCUCUCCGACUGUCUACUUAGUUUACUUUCUAUCUCUGUAUUUGGGUUUCUCUCCCAGAAUCCAGCACAAAAUAGACUUCCUGGGAAAUUUUCCCAUCCCGGGGUCCACUCUUUUAGAGAACAAUUUUCUUUAUUUAAAAAAAAAAAAAAAUUCAGCAAAAUCACAGACUUUCCACAAAUUGUCACUAUAAGUCAGUACCUGUAAAAUCUAAGUAACUGCGUUGAAUUACUAAUCUCAGUCACUCUGGUACUCUAUUCGUUUUCAAGUCACGACCACAUCUAUAUAGAUAUAUGCAAAGUGAAGCUACAACGAUGUAUAUAUAUUUUUAAAGGCUUUUAAUAGGGUAAAUUCUUGCAAAUAAAAGCAUUUUACAAGUAGACUUUUCACAGUCGCAUUUGAAGACAUAUUUGAGACCAUGAUUUAAAUUGUAACUCUAACUAUAAGGCAGGCCUGCACAACAUGCGGCCCGCCUUACAGUUUGAGUUGUGCAGGCCUGCAGAACAUGCGGCCCACCUUACAGUUUGAGUUGUGCAGGCCUGCAGAACAUGCGGCCCGCCUUACAGUUUGAGUUGUGCAGGCCUGCAGAACAUGCGGCCCGCCUUACAGUUUGAGUUGUGCAGGCCUGCAGAACAUGCGGCCCGCCUUACAGUUUGAGUUGUGCAGGCCUGCAGAACAUGCGGCCCGCCUUACAGUUUGAGUUGUGCAGGCCUGCAGAACAUGCGGCCCGCCUUACAGUUUGAGUUGUGCAGGCCUGCAGAACAUGCGGCCCGCCUUACAGUUUGAGUUGUGCAGGCCUGCACAACAUGCGGCCCGCCUUACAGUUUGAGUUGUGCAGGCCUGCAGAACAUGCGGCCCGCCUUACAGUUUGAGUUGUGCUAUGAGGCCUGCUAUGAGACAUCAACUAAAAAAAUGAAAACUUGAUCGUCGUAAUUUCUCUCAGAUAUUGUUUCAGACGAUCAACCCCACAGAAAUCCCUUGGCAACUGCAUUGGAGGUCACGUUCCAUUGGCUCGGAACCUGCGCUCUAACGACUUUUAGAUAAUGUUAUUAUUUUUUACUAGCAAAAUCAACCCAUUAAGACAGAUGCAUCAAUAAUCCGUUUUUUCUGCAUUUCAAAGUUUCAUUUUUUAGUGUAAACAACUCCUUGCGUUUAGAAACAUGAGCGUGACACAUUAGAAACGAGAAUCUGCGACCUGUACAGAAAUUUCUCAGGCGGAGGGAGGGGGCUGGGGAGAGAAAGUACCUAGUAACACGUGACCAGCCUAUCAAUUGCUUUUCAUUCAUUUAUUUAAAAAAAACACAAAAAAAAACUUGAAUAGGUUCAUUUAGGUUAUGGUAUAUUUUAAAUUGAACUAAUUUUUCCCAAUAUUUUCCAGGAUGAAUCCCGGGAUUCAAAGAGUAUCCUUUUCCCCGGGGAUAAGCAUAACCCUGGGAAAUGAGAAACGCUACUGUGUAUAUACUCUCUCACCUCUGUCGUUCGUCAAUUCUGUCCAUAUUUACCAUUUGUCAGAUGUCUCCUCUCUCCUCCCCCCUUUCUUUUUUUUUCCUCUCUCCCCCUACAACCCCUAUUUUGACCACCUGCGUAACCCCUUGUGAGUUACCUGGUAGACCUGCAGUUGACGAGUUUGUUUAUUCCAGGUCCUUGACUUGAGUCCCGAGAGAGAGGCGUGUCUCGACUACAAGCUCCAAAUAUUACCAGCAGAGAUAGGGAAACUCCUCAACCUGACCACCCUUAUCCUCGACACCAACGAGCUGGUUGAGGUAAACAGGAAGUGACAUCAUCAAGUUAUUAUAGGCUUUUUGGUCGAUUUUAUUUUAAAUCGUUAAUUUAAAAAAAAAAAAAAUUAAAAUUACAAAAAUAAACAAUUUUCCACAUUUGGUCUGAAAUAUUACGUUACUCUGUCUGCUGAUUAAAUAAAAAGGUGCAAAAUAAUAGUAUAUAGUCGAAUGAAACAAUAUUCUUCUAUGUCUAUAAAUACGGCUUGUGCACUUUUCCAAAACAUUAUCGGCUGUCUGCUAUUGGAUAUUUUACUCUUUACAUUUACGAACGUUUCUGUAAGUGUAACCGAGUGGCCGGAUUCAAAUGCUAGUAAAUACGAGCUAUUCAUGAUUAUCUUUACAGCGCCCGUGGGCGCCUGCCUGCAGGUAGAAGUUCCAGAACCUCUCGAUAGCGUGAUCAAUCAAAUUCGACCAAAUAAACUCAGAGAAGAGAUUGAUCCCCUUGAAUAAAUACUGCGUCGUAAACAAAAUAUGAAUUCCUCAAAGGGUCACCUCGUUAUCGAAUACACCGCCAUCAAUCAUGAGUAAUCAUGACCGCCGGAAACUGAUAAGCCAAGAGAAACGGAAAUACACCCCCCAACCUAAUUUUUUAAAACUUUUGUCCCUUCUUUCUCUACUUUGAAGAGCUGAGGGUUAGCUACGCCUAUUUUCCCCUAACGCUACCGGUUGUUGCUACGCGUAUAGCAGUAAAUACUGAUGGAAAAUGAUAAUCGUAUCGAUAAGCUAAUCACAGCUGACAGCUAAUAGAAUAGUGGAGCUAUUUACGACAUGAUAUUAUUUGGAAGUAAAAUCUUACUUCCAUCAACAUCAUUUGCAUAAAAAUUGUUCUUGUUGCAAUUGCAAUCAAUGCCCUGAAAAGCACGAACUUUCAAGUAGGGCCGUGCGAAGGGGUGGGCUAAGGGUGAACUCGCCCUGGCCCCCAACAACAGGGGGCGCAAAAAAUCAUCUACGUUUUUUAAGAAUAUUUUUAAUAACGAUACACCUGCCCAUAAAUGAUCCCUCAACAAAUCUUUGAUUAAACACAUCCUCUAUUGUGACACACAGAGACAUCCCCAUAUUUAAAGGCUACACAUGCGCAAUAUGUUAUAUUUUUGUUGUUGUUGAAAUAAUCCCUCUACAUUGAAAGAACUCAAAAGUGAGCGAGAGACAGUUCACUUAACGUUAUCAGAGGCAAUGUUUACAAAUAAAACAUGGCAUAAAAAAAAGUUAUUUGAUGUUUUAAGAAUUACUCAAAGUUAUUAAAUUAUUAUUAUUUACAAAACACACAGGAUAUCAAACUGUUAUUGGAACGUAUUUAACACAAAGUUUUACUUGCUACUUUAAGGCUUGCAUUUUAAUGAAUAGGCCUAUUUUACAUUUGAUUUCACCAGAGCCCAAUUCUUUACCAGAGCCCAAUUCUUGGCCCCUUUUAUUUAUCUAUUAUAUACAUUUUAUAGGAGUUAAACUUUCUAUUGUGUCCGAUUUAGGGUCAUUCAUAUAAUUUUUUUUUUUGCCCGCAUCAUCACAAAUUUGCCAUAAAAUUUAGACGCCUUCAAAAAACAUCUUCACAAAGUCGUGACCACCCCCCCUCCCCCAUUCUACUAGAUGUGUGACAUCCUUUAUGGUUGGUGCCUCAGCCUAAAAAUCUUACACUAAGGGUACGAUCAUGAAUUCUCAGAGUUUUUAUACACACACGCAAAAUGUAAGCUAUUCCAGCGGAAAGACUCUAGUGCGCAGAUUACAUUAGUCAUGAUUAUUUUCAAGAAAUAUACUUUUUUAAAAAGUGAUUUUGGUACAAUUUGAAUGAUUCUGUAAGCCUGGAUUCUUGCACACGGGCCCCUAGGUUUGAUAUCCCCCGCCUAAGCUUGAACAAGAGAAUACUUCCAAACCAAUGUCGUAAUCAAGCCGGACAUAGAAUGUUCAUUCAUUACAAUUUUGUUUUCUUAAAUGUUGUAUUCUCAGUAUUUUAAGUCAUGUUUAUUUUAUAUUUUAUUUUACAGCUUAACAAAAAUAAUUAGUAGGUAUGAUUAUAAAUUAUUUACAUAAUUUCUUCAAGAAUCUGUAGCUCAUUGAAUGUUUUAAUUGUUUGUUGAUAUCAAUUUGACUCCCAACCCAGGUUCCGGUUGAGAUAACGCUUCUAACCAACUUAGAGCGACUCGCCCUGAGCAACAACCACCUGACAGAGCUGCCCAAUGGGAUCAAGCGGUUGAAAAAACUGACCAGUCUUCACAUGGCCAACAAUAAGUUUCAGAUAUUUCCGAUGGAACUCUGUGAGAUCACGGCCCUUGUGUUUCUGGACGCCAGUGAUAACAUGAUCAAGGUAUUCUCCCCUUUUGAUAACAUGAUCAAGGUAUUCUCACCCUUUAAUAACAUGAUCAAGGUAGUCUCCCCUUUUGAUAACAUGAUCAAGGUAUUCUCCCCUUUUGAUAACAUGAUCAGGGUCUUCUCCCCUUUUGAUAACAUGAUCAAGGUAUUAUCCCCUUUUUAUAACAUGAUCACGUUAUUCUCCACUUUUGUCCAAAUAUAGAAUCCACACUGUGAAGAAAGUGAAGUGUAAUCUCUCCCCAUCCCAACUGGGAUAUUUGGGUAGGGCGGGGAGGAGCAUUUGCCCCCCCCCCCCAAACACCAAGUGAAUUUUCAGGUUUCAUUUAAAUUGUAAUGUACUGUGGCACCCCCAGUAAUAAACAACUUUACAAGCCGACCAAGUUUUGGUUUUUUCCCCCCCCCCCCCCCGAAAAAAACCUGAAAUGACGCCCCUGAUCCCAACCACGUUAAGUAACUUAAGCGCCUCAUUUUGAACAUGUGAAUAAUCCGAUAAAUAUCGCUCCGAUGAGUGAGCUACCACAAAAGCUCCCACGGUUGACUGAGAUCUGGAGAAAGUCACGUUUCUCCUUAUAUUUUGUAACUCAACAAACCGCUUUUAAAGAUUUAACAACAAACAACAAAAAAAACAACAACAACAAGGAAUAAGUGUAUCCACUAGUGAGUAAAUUAAUCCAAAACUUAAUCUGAAUGUUUGGGGAUCAAUGUAUCAUACACAUUAAUGAUAAGUGCUAGAGUUGAGCAAUCGAAACAUGUGGAGUGAUAUUUACCAAUUCAGGUAUACCAGCCCAAUGCUCACACCCGGCAUUUGACCAACAUCAGACUUGCGAUCCGUAUCCGGCAUGAUGUACGCUUUCAUCCGGUGCGCGUAAAGUUUUCAAAUCAUCAUGAGAUAAGCUUUAUCUGAAAUCUAAAUGAUUUUUUCUUGUUCCAUUUCUCAUUUUUUUUUUAUAUCGGUCGAUUUUUGAGGCGAGGGGAUUGAUGACAACAAAAUUCGUUCAAAUAUUUGAGGAUAUUCAGGUGCUGGUAUUUUUAAAUUGCGCCUUCAUCUUUCUUCAACGUCCGGUUGAUAAAUCUUCAUUUACCUAUUCCAGUGAAAUGUACUUAUGGUACGCAAUUUACUAAUAUACAGUGACCUACUUUGGGUUCCCAACGCCCGGGGAAAGACAAGUUUAAGAAUGUCCUAAUCCAGUGCUGUUCAACGCACGGCCCACGGGCUGAGUAUGGCCUAGCACAGCUUGAGAUUUUUUAUGAUGUUUGUAAAAAAAAAUAUUUAAAAAAAACAUUUUAGGGUGAAAGUAUUUUCUAACCCCAUUCAUUGAUUUAUUGUUGUUGAGAAAUUGCGUGAGAGCAAAGGACAGGUUGAAACAUUGGGGGGUGUUUGGGGAUGGGGGUGUCACAAAAACAAAGGAGUGGGAUGUCUUGACAGGUAGCCGUAAAUUAUGUUAAGCAUAUCAUUAGAGCUACCCUUUGGGAAUCUAGAUGGAAAAAAAAAUAAAUACUAUAUUCUCCUUAUUUCUGUUGCCGGUACAGGGAACGCGCCGCGGGAUAUCGGGUACAAUUACUGACGGCGUUUAAAAUUAUGAAAAGGAAAACCCAAAGUAACGCGAUGUGUAGCUAUUCGGGCAUUUUAAAAAUAUCCAUGCCCCCACCAACGGGAAAAAGUCUUAUGAAACAGAUAGGUGAGCACAGCGAGUUGAUUGUUGCGCUUUGAGGGGAUGAUACUAAUAGGACGGGAAAGUCUUCAAGGUGUGAGCUGUAGUACUGAAAGUGUGGAAAUGGAAUGACUACGGCUGGUAGUGUGAACCAUUUCUGGUGCCAUGCUAUUCAAACAGGUGGAUUAGGCCAGGUAUGGGAGAGUGUGUCCACCCAGUAUUGUGACAUUAAGGGCAAGUACCUGGUAUCCAGAGAUCUGAGCAGGAAAUGUUAAAUGAGUAGAAAGCAGGAUGCAAGAGAGGGAUCGUGAGAGACAGUAGGAACGAUUCUUGAAAGUAUUUAUUUAUAAAUAAACAUGCGAAUACGUGACCAAAUAAAUUAUGGAUGACGUCAUGUUUCUUCUAAUGAAUUUUUCCACAACUACGGAAUUGUUGCAACAACAUUUUGACCAUGUUUUGACCGUACACCAGUCAAGCUGGAUUCUAUGUUAUGACUAACAUCAAUUCUAGAAAACGUCUGGACAGCUGACCAUUGUAGUGUUGCGUUUGUUUUAAUUGUGGUAAAUUAUAGAUUUGUUUCUUUUUUUGUUUGUUUUUUUACUUUUGCACCGCGCUUCGAGCCUUUGGGGAUGAAGCGUGUUUUUGAAAUAAACUUUAUGAUUAUUAUUAUUAUUAUUAAAAAAUUAUAAAUCUAAUAAGGGCGGGUGCUAGUAAUAACCGACUCAAAUUUAGAACAUUGCAAGUACAAUUCAAAGCAAAUCUGUCAUUUAACAGCGCUACAGUCUUAUUCGCUUUAUUUAUAUCCUAGAUGAGCCGAUAUUGUUAUUAUGUAUAUGAUUCUUUAUCCACAAAGUAAGAAGUAAUAAUAAUGUGAAUAAUUUUCUAAAAAUUUAAAAAAAAAAAAAAUCUUUCUUUCGAGAUGAAAUGUGGGGGCCUAGCUUCGCGGAAACAGUUUUGGUCCACGUAGUCAAGAAGGUUGGACAGUAAUUUCCUAAUCCAUGGAUUGUUUGCAGUCAGUGAGUCCCUUUCAUCACUCCAGCAUUUAGCCCAUUAUUCCUUCCUAUUAAUGAAGAACUUGUAUUGUCCAUUAAGAAAAUAAUGAUGUGAAAACACAGCGGUUGUGUCGAAAUAUUGUUUUUAAAGUUAUUUGAUUUCAUUUCAUCCUUUUUUUUUUUGCGCCAAUGGAAUUUGCGCGCAUGGGGAAACCACCCCUCUGGACUCCUUAUGCUAUGCCAGUUGUCGGCAGACUCAUUAGGCCAGUGGUCGGCAGACUCAUUAGGCCAGUGGUCGGUAGACUCAUUAAGGCCAGUGGUCGGAAAACUCAUUAGACCAGUUGUCGGCAGACUCAUUAGGCCAGUGGUCGGCAGACUCAUUAGGCCAGUGGUCGGCAGACUCAUUAGGCCAGUGGUCGGCAGACUCAUUAGGCCAGUGGUCGGAAGACUCAUUAAGGCCAGUGGUCGGCAGACUCAUUAGGCCAGUGGUCGGAAGACUCAUUAAGGCCAGUGGUCGGCAGACUCAUUAGGCCAGUGGUCGGAAGACUCAUUAAGGCCAGUGGUCGGCAGACUCAUUAGGCCAGUGGUCGGAAGACUCAUUAAGGCCAGUGGUCGGCAGACUCAUUAGGCCAGUGGUCGGAAGACUCAUUAAGGCCAGUGGUCGGCAGACUCAUUAGGCCAGUGGUCGGAAGACUCAUUAAGGCCAGUGGUCGGCAGACUCAUUAGGCCAGUGGUCGGAAGACUCAUUAAGGCCAGUGGUCGGCAGACUCAUUAGGCCAGUGGUCGGAAGACUCAUUAAGGCCAGUGGUCGGCAGACUCAUUAGGCCAGUGGUCGGAAGACUCAUUAAGGCCAGUGGUCGGAAGACUCAUUAAGGCCAGUGGUCGGCAGACUCAUUAGGCCAGUCGUCGGCAGACUCAUUAAGGCCAGUGGUCGGCAGACUCAUUAGGCCAGUUGUCGGCAGACUCAUUAGGCUAGUUGUCGGCAGACUCAUUACACCAGUGGUCGGCAGACUCAUUAGGCCAGUUGUCGGCAGACUCAUUAGGCCAGUGGUCGGCAGACUCAUUAGGCCAGUGGUCGGAAGACUCAUUAAGGCCAGUGGUCGGAAGACUCAUUAAGGCCAGUGGUCGGCAGACUCAUUAGGCCAGUUGUCGGCAGACUCAUUAGGCCAGUUGUCGGCAGACUCAUUAAGGCCAGUGGUCGGCAGACUCAUUAGGCCAGUUGUCGGCAGACUCAUUACACCAGUGGUCGGCAGACUCAUUAGGCCAGUGGUCGGAAAACUCAUUAGUCAAAAGAGCCAAAAAAUCAGCACCAGGACGAUUCAAAAAAUUUUGAGUGACGAAUUUCUUUUCAAGAACCUGUCAAGAGCCAUGUUUUUCAGAGUCAAAACCGAUUUGUGGCCGACUGGCCAAGAAGCAUACAGGUCGCUGAAGAGCAGCAUGUGGCUCGCGAGCCACGAUUUGCCGACCACUGUGCUAUGCCAUUGUUCAUAUCUUCAAAAAAGUAGAUAUAUAUUACAAAGAUAUCUCACUUUAGAUUCCAUUUUAGAAGUUAUAUUUGACCUUUGACAAGUGCCAAAUAUUUAAUGAUGUAGUUGUACAAAAUCGCUCAUUUUGUUGGCAAAAUAAUUGAGAGAGUUUGCUUUUCAAAUGUAACUUUGUUACGCCAUCAUCGCGAACAAUAAAAACCAAUAUAUUUAGAGAUGUCAUGGAGGGUUUGAGACUAUCAAUAUCUGACAAACACCUUGACAGGGGUCGCUUAGUGGCACGCCCCACAUAUUUCUUUCAUCCGUUCACCUUUGACCCCAAAAGGACACUGGGGUGUAUAAUUAAAUAUGGAUUUGUAUUUGAAAUAACGAGUGGACAUUAUGUCCUGACACUGCCCCUGGUGCCGCACAUCUAAACCUGAUCGUGUUUUAAUUGAACUUUAUUGAACAACGAUUCCGGCUGCUGAUCGAACCAUUUUGUUGAUGCCAACCCUAACAUUUUCCUAUAGUUCUAAAGCAGAGUUUUUUUUAACGCUAGAAUAUUUGGGGAUGUUUGGUAAGUUUUGUUCCUAUAAGAUACCUUUACUUACAUCCCUCCUACCCACCUACACACACUUCAAAUAUUUACCAAGAAAGAAGAAAGAAAUUCAUUAACACGAAACGCCUUGUAAGAGAAGGUAUUAAACAGAAACUCGUCCCUCUCCCCCAUAGACAGCGACGAGGCCAUGACAGGCAAUUCAGGCUCAUACCAGCAAGAAGCCAGUAUAGCAGCUGCUCAUUCCUGCCCAAGACAAUCAGGGACUGGAACUAUCUUUCAAAAGGAACAGUUGAGGCGACAACACUAGACACAUUUGUGUCUAUUGCCUCAAGCCUUCAAACUCCAAGUGCAUAAUUUCCUCAUCACCACCAGUAACAGAAACAUUGCAAAUCCCAUCUACAUGCAUAGGAGCCAAAAUGAUCAAUAAAUUGAUCGUGGGCCCUUAAGAUAUAGAAGAAGAAGAAGAAGGUAACUCCAUGUGGUCAUGAUAGCUUAUCGAAUUCCAAUAUUUAAUUUCUAAUCCAAUCCACUUAAAGUGGUUGAAGAAUGAAAUGUUUCUUUACCCCACCGUUUGUUCUCACUGAGCGUUGUAUUAAGGAAACUCAAGCUCGUCAAAUGUUUUCAUCUAUCUAUUUUUUGGGCAGAUUCGCUAUUGCACCGAUUCCGAUGAAUUGUAGCUUGAAUCAGUUUUAUGUUUCUUGAAAACAUUCAAGCGUUUUUAAUCCAGGUUUUAGUCUAAAAUUGUGAGGAAUAAUUACAAGUUCUGCUGAUCAGAAAUCAAACUCAAGUUUUGUUUUUUUCCAAACUGUGUAUCUGAAAUGAAACGCAUCGAAAGCUUCAUGAUGAAAAGCAAAACACAGGAAUAGCAUUACAAAGGUAGCUUCACAACGAAACACGGGCAUGGCAUUACAGAGGUAGCUUCACAACAAAACACGGGCAUGGCAUUACAACGGUAGCUUCACAACAAAACACGGGCAUCGCAUUAAAAAUGUAGCUUCACAACAAAACACGGGCAUGGAAUUACAACGGUAGCUUCACAAAGAAACAUGGGCAUGGCAUUACAGAGGUAGCUACACAAAAAAACACGGGAAUAGCAUUACAAAGGUAGCUUCACAACAAAACACAGGAAUAGCAUUACAAAGGUAGCUUCACAACGAAACACGGGCAUGGCAUUACAGAGGUAUUUUCACAACAAAACACGGGCAUGGCAUUACAACGGUAGCUUCACAACGAAACAUGGGCAUAGCAUUACAAAGGUAGAUUCACAACAAAACACAGAAAUAGCAUUACAAAGGUAGCUUCACAACAAAACACAGAAAUACCAUUACAAAGGUAGCUUCACGACAAAACGCAGGACUAGCAUAACAAAGGUAGCUUCACAACAAAAUACUGGCAUGGCAUUACAAAGGUAGCUUCACAACAAAACACGGGCAUGGCAUUACAGAGGUAGCUUCACAACAAAACACGGGAAUAGCAUUACAAAGAUAGCUUCACAACAAAACACGGGAAUAGCAUUACAAAGAUAGCUUCACAACAAAACACGGGCAUGGAAUUACAACGGUAGCUUCACAAAGAAACAUGGGCAUGGCAUUACAGAGGUAGCUACACAAAAAAACACGGGGAUAGCAUUACAAAGGUAGCUUCACAACAAAACACAGGAAUAGCAUUACAAAGGUAGUUUCACAAAAAAGCACAGAAAUAGCAUCACAAAGGUAGCUUCACAACAAAACACUGGCAUGGCAUUACAAAGAUAGCUUCACAACAAAACACGGGCAUGGAAUUACAGAGGUAGCUUCACAACAAUAUAUAAUGCGGGUGUCAAGUAGGAAAUCAAUCGAUCAUGUUAGAUUAAAGCUAGUAUUGAUAUACUGGGCCGGCGCUGGGGGGGGUGGCGAACUGGGGGGGGGGCGCUCAAGGCCCCGCACGUUGCCGUAGUAUAUUUAUAACAUACCUAAGCCUACUAAUAGUAACAAUAUAUAAUGCGGGUGUCAAGUAGGAAAUCAAUCGAUCAUGUUAGAUUAAAGCUAGUAUUGAUAUACUGGGCCGGCGCUGGGGGGGGGGGUGGCGAACUGGGGGGGGGGCGCUCAAGGCCCCGCACGUUGCCGUAGUAUAUUUAUAACAUACCUAAGCCUACUAAUAGUUCCUAAUCCAGUCAACACAAUAUUCGGAGUGAUUAGAUAGUCAAAUGGCCUGAAGGUCAGCCUGGCUCCCACACUAUCCCUUUAGAUAGGCCCCAGUGCGACUAUAACGUUUCUUAAUAUCCUAUCGGCGGAAUAUAUAACGUCAACGGCCCCGCAAAUAUCAAUUUGCCCAAGGCCCCGCACCCUCCUAGUGCCGGCGCUGUUGAUACGCAUCCCCAACCACGAAUGAGUUCAUGCCACCCUGAUGUGAAACCAACAACGUGUUCAUUAGACCAGAAAUUUCGAUUUCGGUCGAUUGGAUUUCUAAUGAACACUUCUAUGAAUUUUCUCUUUCAAAAAUAUGAUGAUAGGCCACUCUUCCGCUUACUUUCACAAUACUCUUUGAAAGAAACAGAGAAAUGUAAACUAUGAUUUUGAUUGGUCUGACGUUAAAAAGUAUUUAAAUUGGGAGAGCUUUAGAUCUGGACAGACUAGAGUUGUAAAUCACCUCUUGGUGGACAGACUAGAUUUGGAAGCCACCUCUUGGUGGACAGACUAGAUUUGGAAGCCACCUCUUGGUGGACAGACUAGAUUUGGAAGCCACCUCUUGGUGGACAGACUAGAUUUGGAAGCCACCUCUUGGUGGACGAGACGAAUGAGGUGAUUUUAAAAGGGCGGACAGCAUCAAGAUGGUUGAUACUAAUUUGUGGGCAAGCCAGAGAUUAUGGUCUCAGAAAAAGGUGGACUGGCCAAAGACGUUAUAGACUCCGAUAAUAACUAGCCGACAAGCUAGAUUUUAUGGUAUUAGAAAAAGGUGGACUGGCCAAAGACUUUUUAAGACUCCAAAAAUAAUUGGUGGACACGCUAGUGAAAAACAACAGCCCCUAAAAUAAUUUUUUCAACAACAAAACAAAAACAACAAAAAAACUGUUGAGGCUGUCUUUGUGACGUGAGGGCAGACAUUGACCAAUGGUCCGUCUUUAUAGGAAUGAUUUGACCCAGUUUGCGUUUUCUGUCCACUAAGACCUUGGUCAAUCACUUUCUGCGAACCUGCUGUUUUGUUACAACAGUCAUCACCAACGUUAAACAUGCAUCAAACGUGUCGCCCGCCUUGCACAUGUUCUUUUCUAAAACCAAAACUUUCAUGUUUAAUUUUCGACGCAGUCUUCAUUCAGAUUCGUAUUACUAUUGAUUUAGUUUGUUAUGCAGAGCUUGUUUACUACACUUUUCCCGUGCGUGAACUUUCUUUGACCCCGCAUUAGACUUCUAGCAGACAGUAACGUUUGUUGUGGGCGCGGUUAAAAGUGUCUGAUGUAUCGUGUUUACUACAGUCUUCAAAUUAAACAUGGUUAGUAUGUCUACUAGUGUCUUGUCGAAGGUUCUCGAUUGUAUUAGAAAACUAAGGGCGUUUCUAGGCGCGGCGGUAGACCCACAUAUAUAAGGGAUUGACAGGCAGAGAGGAACGGAGAUGGAUAAAUAUUUUACCUUCACGAGACGUGUAUUAUUCUUUGUGUACUUUUAUGUGCUUAUUCGCAUUGAUCGUUCAUCAUUAUUCACUGGCACAUUGUACUAACUGUGUUUACUGUGUACCGGUACAAGAUCUACCAUACUGUAAGUUGAUGAUUUGUAAUGAUAUUUCUUUUGUUUUGUAAUUGUAUUAUUACUAAAUUAAAUCUUAUGAAUUGUAAUUGGUACUGUUUUUGGGUGUCGUACUUUUGUUAUUUUAUUUCUCUAUGGUAUCGUCCUUUGUUAGGCACUGUUUGAAAGAGCCAUACAUUUAAAAUAGGAGAUUAAUUUCUAACAAGAGAAGGUAGUGCGUAACAGGUUAUUUCCACAGUUAUUUUUUACCGAGAUAAUUUAAACCAUAAACUCCACUCCUGCAAACUUUAAGACCAGCUUAUCUAUUUUAAAGAGACUAUUUUUUUUAAUGACAAAGCUUACCCCGGGGGGGGGGGCGGCGACGGAUCUGAUCAUUAGAUCCAUAACCGAUCCGUCGUCUAUUCAGACACAUCGUGGUCUCACUGGGGUCACUUUUUUUCCACAGUUAUUUUUUACCGAGAUAAUUUAAACCAUAAACUCCACUCCUGCAAACUUUAAGACCAGCUUAUCUAUUUUAAAGAGACUAUUUUUUUAAUGACAAAGCUUACCCCGGGGGGGGGGGGGCGGCGACGGAUCUGAUCAUUAGAUCCAUAACCGAUCCGUCGUCUAUUCAGACACAUCGUGGUCUCACUGGGGUCACUUUGACCCAUCGUGCCAUCAAUCAAUCCACCUAAAGGUUUGUACACACAGUCGAUGUGUGACUCAUGAUGCUGUCAAAUGAUGAGGGGGAGACUGGACGUGAUGCUUUGACAAACUCUAUUUAUAGGAUAUCCCAAAAUAACAUUAAAAACGGUUUUAAAAAUUGAAAUUUGAAGUUCGAUUAAACUAACGCUAAUUGCUUGAAGCGGUGCAUUUUACAAGAUGUUUGUCGAAAGAUAUAAGAAUUCAUUUUUUUUAAAUAGAUAAUAAUAGACCUAAAUUGUUUUUACUUUAAAAAUUUUAUUUAAGCACAGUUAUUGAUUUUUUUUAAAGGUAUUGAUAAUCAACUCCAAUUAUAGUUAAAGUUUAGUUGAUUCUAUGGUUUGGUAAGUUCUCCUGUACUUUUGAUACGACAAUGGUGUCACUUUUUCUGGUGUCAGUGUUCUGGUGUCACUUUUUUGGUGUUACAAUCCAGUGAGAAAAUUUGAGGUGUGACGUAUUUAUAUAUAAACUCGGCUCCUUUAUUGUCCCCACUAUGUCUGGUGUCGCAAUCUAUCGUUCGACUCCAGAAGCUCCUCCAUUUUUGUUAAUUGGUAGUUUAAACAGACCUCAUGGGCUCGGGACUAUGUGUCGUACUAAAGAGUUCACGUCUUUCUGGCUCCGGGCCUGCUGCCCAUGUUAAAUUAUUCACUUAUGUUUGGCCCCGGGACUGUUUCUUGGAAUAAAGGGUUCAAGCCUUUCUGGCCACGGGACUGUUGAACUGAACAAAGGAUUCAAGCCUGUAGGACCUUGGCCGAACUAAUGCAUUAUUUACAUCUUAAACAAUGGUAACAGCACCCGAAAGGCUUAACUGGUUGACUUCCUUGUAGUUGGUUGUGGAAAGCGUAAGGCUAUAAGAUGAAAUCGUGAGCAUUGACGCCACAAUAUAUGAUAACAAAGAAAAAAAUGGAAGGCUGGAGUCUUUGCAAUACAUUAGAUCUAUAAUAUACAAUAACAUUUUAUUAAAAUUUUACAAAAUAGUAAUAACAAUAGUGUGAAUGUGAAUACACACAAACAAAUGCAGCAAAGAAAAGGCUUAUACUUUAGAAAGAUGGACAAUAAGUUAAAGUUCCAUGGUGGCAGUAAGGUCGAAGGAAAUACGUGAGACAAAGUAGGGGAAAGUUUUUUGAAAAAGGACGUAACAAAGCAACGAACGUGUCGGCGUGAAGUCUUCUUUAGCCGAAACACAACAGUACAACAAAUCUAAACAUUAAAAGAAACACUUAGCUGCAAUGUAGUAUCUGAGGGGACAGCAAGAGGAUUGUGGGUAAUCUAUUGAAGCCUAUAAACAUGCACACAUUUUUUUAUUAAAGAAACGGGAAAUGUUGUUGUAUACCCAUUUACUUACAUCACGUGUGGAACCUAAGUGUGUUGUGGAUCCCAGAUAGAGACCCAGCAUAUGGCCACCUCCAGAUUCUGAAAUUGAUUGAACCAAUAUGUCCACCCACUUCUUCUACCAAACUUGAUUGAAUCAAUAUGUCCACCUCCAUCUACUACCAAAAUUGAUUGAACCAAUAUGUCCACGCCCAUCUACUACCAAAAUUGAUUGAACCAAUAUGUCCACGCCCAUCUACUACCAAAAUUGAUUGAACCAAUAUGUCCACGCCCUCCUACUACCAAAAUUUGAUUGAACCAAUAUGUCCACCCCCAUCUACUACCAAAAUUGAUUGAAUCAAUAUGUCCACCCCCAUCUACUACCAAAAUUGAUUAAGCAAUAUGUCCACCCCCAUCUACUACCAAAAUUGAUUGAACCAAUAUGUCCACCCCCAUCUACUCCUAAAAUUUGAUUGAACCAAUAUGUCCACUCCCAGCUUCUACCAAAGAAAAUCAGCAAGCUGAAGAACCUUGAAACCCUCCUUCUGUUCAUCAACCAACUGACCAAGUUGCCGGACACAAUCGUACAGAUGACAGAGCUGCGAUGCCUGUGGUUGGGCAACAAUCAAAUCAAAGCCUUGCCCAAAGGAUUCGGUUAUCUCACAAAGUUGGAUUGGAAAGACAGGUGAAGAAUAAUUGUUCUAAAGUAACGUGCUCACUUCCUUGAUAUGAAUCAUUUUAGGCCCCCGUAGUUGACAGCUGCCAUUAUGGGCUAGGCAUGAUCUACUGAGCUUAUCCUAAAAAUAAUAAUAAUAAUUUUUUAAGUAUUGCCCAAAAACAUAAUCUUAUUUUUUUUUUAUGUUAAUAGUUUUAUGAAACGCUUUCAAUAUUCACAUUUCACGUAUGUUUUUGAUUCACAGGUACACGUCGUCAACACUGGACGGGAAUCCUCUGGUCAACCCGCCCUUCGAGAUCUGUCGUCAGGGUCCCGAGGCGAUCGAAAAGUACCAGGGCGUGGGUCCCAACGUCGAUGCCGAGCAUGAGGCGGAGAAAGACGAUAAGAGCCGAGGAAAGGGGAGGAACAGGGCGCCAUCUGACGCAGCCAGAAGUCUGCAGGGCUCUGAAGGCGGCAGGAGCAGGGGCUCUAUAGACGCUACAGCUUACCGCAGAGGCAGGGCGCCCUCUGACGCCAGCAAAUCCUUGUCGCCAGAUUCUAAAAAGGAAAAGGCGCCAAAAUUAGCGGCAGAUAAGGAGAAGGGACAGAACUAUUUACCGAACAUUGCAGGAAUGGACCGGAGACGGUCUUCCGUGAAAACGAGUGGCGGGAAUGAGGGCACUAUUCGAAAUGGACAAACAACAGCACCCUCUAGGAAAUGAUGUAUGCGCUACUAUACUGCUGCGCAUAAAGAUAUUUACGUCACAAAUUAAUUAUAAUCCAAUAACAACACCCUUUAUAUCGACAUGUUUAGCUUACAUUAGCGCGCUAAUCUGCCCCUUCCCUUUUGUUUUCCAAAGCUGUCUAACUGCAGUUGAUCCGUCCAUCCUUUGAAUAUUUUUGCUAUAGACACAAGGUUAAAUAUAGCUCACCGCUAAGUUAAUUCUGUCCUUAGAGACCAUAUUAUAUAUGCCUACCAUGACACUACUUGCUAUGCUUGUUUCAUACAAUCCACACACAACAACAACAAAAAAUAGGAACAAACAAAGCACUUAUCUGAUUCCGUCUAUCAACGCUGAAAAAGGGUCAAUUUCUAAAAUUAGUAACACUAUUUUGUUUAACCAAUCGGACUUCAAUGUUUCUUUCUUUUUUUUUUUUUUUAAUGGUUUCCAUUUGUUCAUAACAAUAAGAACGCGCAAUUUUAUGACGCCAUUGUAAAGUGCUGUUUCACUUAAAUUAAAUCAAGAAAUUCUGACAAAACAUACAAUUUGAUUUGUUAUAGACUGCACUUCAUUUGAGGCGCAGGAUAAUAUAAACCGUUAAUCCUAGUACAAUGGAUUUGUCGGAUACACUACGAUUUGAGUUUUCUGAGCCCAAAUCGUGGUAAGUAAAUUAAAGUAAUUGAACUGAAAGCACUGAUCACUGAACAAUUUUGUUACGGAAAUGUUUGUCAAAAUUAUUGAGUUUUUUGUUUUUUUUCCUAUUUAAUUUUAAUGGAAGAAAGUAAUGGCGCAAAGUAGAUAUCAGAAUAACAAAUCUAUUCGGUUACAGGCCUCCAGUAGUUCAUUACAAAUUACACACGUACAUGUUUGCUUACUUCACAAAUUACAAUAUUACAGGUCAACAAUUUACGAUUGAGUAAUAUUUCAUUUGUUUUCCAAAUAGCUCCACGAUAUGACAAGUCUAAAAAAAGAAAUGCUUCAAUAGUUGUAUGUUAUUAACCCUUGUAUUUACCUUUCUUACAUGUAAAAAAAAAAAAAAAAAAAGUCUAACCAAAAUUGAAAUGUAUAUUUUUUUAUUAAUGCCCUUGAUGUUAUACAAACACUAUGUGUAAAUAAAAGAAUAUAUAUUAAGCUUUAAUUUUGAUUGCACAAAAUACAAAUUUAAACGUUUCGGCUAAUCCCUUCAUCCGUGCAACAAAAAAUAUUAAUAUUAUUAGAAAUCAAAUUUACAUAAUAUAUGUAAAUCCUACAAUGCCUAAAAUGCCUAAAAAAUGAAAGAAAAUAAUAAUAAUUGGGCAAAAGUCCGAAACGAAAACAAAGAUCAGAAGAACGGAUAAUCAGAGGGGGUAGACAUUUUCAGGAACGUUUUAAUUUCUUUUUUAUCUUAUCAUAAUUAAUGUUAAAGCUAAACAUACAGGGUGGCCCAGAGAAAGUGAGAAGGUCUCGUAAUAAAGGGUUAUAUAAUUGAAUUAAUAUAAAGUUUUGUAUAUACAUUUUCAUGAAAUUUAUUACGCUAAUCAGAAAACAUGCGCCCCCCCCCCCUCCCCACCACUCUGCCUGCGUCUCAACGACUUUUUGUGAGCCUUGGCGCCUCGUUUAUGCUUUUGACAAUAAAGCGAAGUCAUAAUAUUUUUGGGCCAUCAUGUAUAUUGUUUUAUUUACACAAAUUGGGUCUCGUUAACCUAUGUAAAAGAUUGAUGUCAGCCCAACUAGUUUUUAUAAUUUGAAGCUAUACAGAUGUCUGUACUCAAAUCAAUAAACAAUUAAUUUAUUCUUUAUA